GACAGAACUACCUCCCUCUCGCAUCAUCCGCUGCAGUAAAGCCCAUCUCUCUCUCAUUUCAAUCGAAAAUGGCGUGUUGAAGGAGGAGGAGGAGGAGAGUUGGGGUUAUCUAUCAAAAAUAUGGAUGCUCUUUUGCUUUCAAACCCUAAAUUCUCUCGCCACAACUUCCCCGCUAUAAAACCAAAUGGAGUGAAGGGACGGAUGUAUGGAUUGGUUAUCAGAAGCCCAAGAUGUGCAAUGGAUACGGCCUUUGGCGGCAACUUAGGCAACCUUCCAAAGUUCCCUCGGGUGAAUAUAUGGGAUCCUUACAGGCGCUUGGGUGUAAGCUCCGAUGCUUCCGAAGAAGAAAUACGAGGUGCACGCAACUUUCUCUUGCAACAAUAUGCUGGGCAUGAGAGAAGUGUUGAAUCUAUCGAAGCAGCUUAUGAGAAAAUAUUAAUGGCCAGCUUCAGAGCAAGAAAGAAAUCAAAAAUCAACUUGAAGAGCAGGUUGAAGAAGAAAGUAGAGGAGUCCCCGCCUUGGGUAAAAAGAUUGCUUGAUUUCGUGGAACUUCCUCCAACCGAAGUGAUUCUUAGAAGAAUGUUCCUCUUUGCUUUCAUGGGAGCCUGGAGUGUAAUGAACUCUGCUGAGGCUGGGCCUGCUUUUCAGGUCGCACUUUCGUUGGCAGCAUGCAUUUACUUCCUCAAUGACAAGACGAAGAGCCUAGCCCGAGCAUCCAUUCUUGGAUUUGGUGCUCUUGUGAUUGGUUGGGUGUGUGGAUCAUUCCUAGUACCGAUGAUUCCUGCAUUCCUACUUCAACCAACUUGGACGCUUGAACUUCUCACUUCUCUUGUAGCGUAUGUUUUCUUAUUUCUUGCCUGUACUUUUUUGAAGUGAAAUUCUUCCUUCCCCCCUCUGCUUUUAGGUGAAAUCAAGCAUAUUGUUAAACAGUUUUGAUUACGUCAUUGAUGUUACAAUGAAAUCAUGAGAUGGGUGCUCUUCCUUUCUGGUACUAAUGAUUAUAUCAAUUGGUUUUCCUCACAA